GCCCAUAAACACCAGUAUCUCGACUCGAUUGGUCUGCAGAAGCAGGAAGGCAAUGUGCCAAGCUGAUAUCAUGGCCGUGAUUGGUUAGCCCGCGCCCUGUCAUGUGUAUGUCAGAUGAUCUUGUGAUUGGCUGAGCGCUCAGUUUCUCCUGUCUUACUCGCAAUGUCUGAGCGCUCUGCUUCGGCUGGGCUCUUAGGGGCCACUGUCGUUCCGCCACCGACGGGCCCCUGCUUAGGCAAUGAUGUACCCACCUCUGUCCCUCCUCCUGCUGCAGGAGGUCCGGUUCGAAUGAACUUGUACGCCACUUGGGAGACAGAUCGUGGAAGCGCUGCCUGCGUACCCAGGCUUUUCUCUCUGACAUUGAGAAAACUUGUUAUGUUCAAAGACCUGGAUAAAGAUUUAUCAUCUGUUGUCAUCGCUGUCAAACUUCAGGGCUCAAAACGAAUCUUGCGCUCUAAUGAGAUAUCUCUGCCUGCUGGUGGUGUUUCAGAGACGGAACUGCAGCUAACAUUCUCAUUGCAGUAUCCGCACUUCUUAAAACGGGAUGCUAACCGACUACAAAUCAUGCUGCAAAGACGAAAGAGAUAUAAGAACCGCACUAUCUUGGGCUAUAAAAGUUUGGCUGUGGGAGUGAUAAAUAUGGCAGAGGUUCUGCAAUUUCCCAGUGAAAGUGGGCUAGUUCUCUCACUGCAUAGCCAUGUGAAAGAGGUCUCUUUUCCGGUGGCAGAGAUAAACAUCCACUCCCUUUCCAGCCAGCCAAUUGACCAUGAAGGACCUAAAGCAAAAUUGUCAGAUCGUUCACCAGAUAUUGAGAAUUAUUCUGAAGAUGAAGAUGAAAGUUACUCUUCUGAGCAGGAGGGCAGCGAUGACCCAUUGCAUGGACAGGAUUUUUUCUAUGAAGAUGAAGAUGUUAGAAAAGUAAAGAAACCACGCAGGAAAAUACAGGCUUCAUCAGCCAUAACAAGGCAACCAAACAUUAAACAAAAGUUUGUGGCACUUCUUAAAAGAUUCAAAGUCUCUGAAGAGGUUGGAUUUGGUCUAGAUCACGUGUCAAGAGAUGAGAUACGUGAAGAAGAUCUCGAUGACCUAUAUGACAGUCUUGAGAUGUUCAACCCAAGUGACAGCUGUCCUGAGUUAGAAGAGAGUGAAAGUGUUCUCAGCACACCCAAACCAAAGCUCAGGCCAUUCUUUGAGGGUGUGUCACAGUCCAGUUCACAGACAGAGAUCGGAAGUUUGAACAGCAAAGGAAGCCAGGGGAAAGACAUCAACAGCCCAGGGGAUAUCUCAAUGGAAGUGAAAAUGGCUCGUCGUGAAGACUCCAUGGAUGCUGAACUCCUGGAUGUCUCUAUGGAUUUUUCACAAGAUAUGGAUAGUCUUUCGGAUUCACUCAGUUUUACUGUCCCUGAAAAAAACAAAUCUAUAAAAAGUCCCAAUGUGACUCCCCAGAGCAGAAGGAGUAUCCCUGCAAGAGAGAAACAGUUAUGUAAAGGACUUGGUGAAAGAACUCAAAGUGCUGAGAGUGAGAGGAUACAAGACAAUGCACAAAAUACACAGAUCCCUAGAAAAACUCUACUGGAUCAGUUAAAUCAAAACCUCUCAGAUCAUUCUCUUCCAGAAACCAUAAUCAUAGUGCAAACUUCAGACUGGCAGGGUCAGUUUGUCGCAAAUCUAUUUCAGCAGCACCAUAAACUCUGUGUGUGUAUAACAUGUUCUUCCGAUGUGCAGUGUGCUCUAACUGCCAUUCUUACUCGUAUUCAGAGACACUGUCACACAGCACCCGGACCACCACGGCCCCUGAAGGUAGUGUGUGUUGGAAGUCACACUUUCCUUAGUUUUCUGCUUGGAACAUAUGUUACAAACUUGGCUGGAAGAUCUUCUGAUUGGCUAGGAUACCUACGAUUCUUGUUGGUACCUCUGGGUUCUCAUCCAGUAUGUAAAUACCUUGCGUCCCUGGAUCCUCGUUACUCCUCUCUUUUCUUUGAUGUUUCUUGGAGGGAUUUGUUCAGUAAAUCAGAAGCUCCAACUUCAGAACCCUUUGAUGUAAUUGCCCGGAUCAUGCAAUAUGUAACUGGAGCCACUUCCUUGCUUCAACUGCCAAUAGCAGAAGCCAUGCUUACCUGCAAACAUAAACUUCAGGAGGAUGAUUCAUAUCAGAAGUUCAUUCCAUUUAUUGGGGUGGUGAAAGUCGGACUGGUGGAGACAUCCCCCCCAAAUACUGAUGCAGAAGAUUUGGUUUCCCUUAAUGUUGGUGGUCCUCCUUCUACUUCUCCACCUUCUUCAUCUAUACUCCCUCGAGAUGGAUCAGCAACACCGCCUUCCUCUCCCUCACUUGGAAGCGGCCUUCAAGGAAACACAGGUUCUACCUCAGAUGCUCUCGGACUACAAGUAGAUUACUGGCUGAGCUGUGAUCGCCGAAGAGAGAGGGAGGGUGGCGGCAAAAACACCCUGAGAAGCAUCUUCCGCUCUGUUGUGGUGUCACGUCUUCCUGGCCCAGACACACCACCUGGAAGCAUGAGUCUUAGUGUUGUGACUGCAGAGCCACGAAAUAAGAAAGUUCCCACGCUUUUUCUCAGCAAAAAGCCGAAGGAAAAAGAUACUGAUGCAAAAAGCCAAAUUAUCGAAGGAAUUAUAAGAUUAAUCUGUUCUGCCAGACAGCAGCAGACCAUGCUAAGAGUAACUGUUGAUGGACGACUUUUCGGGGAUGUGAAGUUUUUCCAGGUGGCAUCUCAGUGGCCAACCCACGUGAAGCAUUUUCCUGUUGGAAUAUUUUGCUCAACCACAAAGCCAUAAACUAACACUUAACUAUCAGUUCCAUUUAUACAUUCAAAAUGUUGCACAUCCCAGUCACACUUUUAUGUUUAGAUAAUAGUGAUUGUGGCUUUCUUCCAGGUAGGAACAUACAGCUUGGUAGUUAGUUUACAGACUGAUACAUUAUUAUUUAAAGGGGAAGUUCAGCUAACAAUAAUCUUUUAGCGUGUGAUAGAGAACAGUAACCUUGUAUUUGCAGUUGGUCUGUAUAUAUUUCUGUGUGUGCACACAUUUACCUUUCUAAUCUGAUCCAUUCCAAGCUGUUUGUUGGCAUGGGUCACCUGGUAUGAGAUCCCUUAUCUGGAAACUUGAUAUCCAGAAAGCUCCAAAUUAUGAGAAGGCCAUUUCACAUAAAAGUAAGCAAGUAAUUCACAUUUCUAAUAAAACAGUACCUUGUACUUGAUCCCAUCUAAGCGCAUUGAAUCCAUUUUUGUGGCAAAACAGUCUUAUUUGGUUUAUUUAAUGUUUAAAUAUUUUUGUUAGUUAAAAUUACAGAAAAAACCUUAUCCAGAAAACCCAAAUCUCAGGUGUUCCAGAUAAUAGAUCCCAUAACUGUACCUUCUGCUUUUUAUUUAUUCCAUACAACUACUAAAAUAUAAAUGCAUAAUAGUAAGCCUUUGAGGGGCUUAACUGGCUCCUUUUAAAAUGUUUAUUAUUCUUGUAAGUUCUGCCAAAUUCUGUUUAGCUCUUUCAGUGCUUGCAGGUGCUCUUCGAUUUAUGCUAUGAUUGAUUUGAUUUUUGCCAUGUAAAUCAUUAUGGCGUAGAGAAAAAACCUGACUAGAAAUGUAGACUCUACAGCAGUGAUAUUGUGAUUUUUUUUGUUGUUGUUUAUUUGCUUGUUGUCUCAUUUCGGUAACUUCAAUUUUUCUGAAUCACCUUCCACAACUCUCCAGUCAUUCUAAUAAUCCCUCUAACAAGAAACCAGCAGGUGUGUUUCUCUAUAAUCGAGGUUCCAACAAGCUGAAACAAGGUGAAAAAAAACAGUAACAUCCUCAAUGUUUUCUUAUAAAUCUGAAAAGAGAGAACAUGAAACAACGGCUUUUGAUACAUGGUGUUUCCUCCACCAGCGGAAAACUCUGGCAGCAAAAACUCCAAUCUAGUGUUUGUGUUUUCUGGCCAAAAUCUGCCACGUGUGCACACCAACAGACCAACGCCAUUCCUGCCAGGGCUUACUUCCAUGGGGUAGUUCAGUGCAGAUUGGCUUUAUCUCCGCUAUAGUAUUCCAUUAACCUAAUGCUAAUGUAGAUAUUUACUUGUAGUAACCACAUUUCUGAAACAAGAUAUUGGGAUAUGUGUUACAAUGUUUGCGCGUUUCUGGUUGUUUAUCUUUUAAAUUCUUUUAACAUUUUCUGUUUUAGAAUUUCUGCUAUUUGACUAUUAAAUGGAUGGUAUACACCUCAGUAUACUUGCUGAAUUGUACUAGGUUGUCCCAGAUUUAUGGGAUUUCUCUCUAACAAACAGAAAAUGUUGCUGCUGCUGUAGCUAUAUCUAUGGGGAAACCUGUUGUUUUUGCUGGAGACAAUGCUCUGCACACCGUUGAAUUUUUGGAGAGGAUUAUUAUAAUGCACAGGACUGUGAGAAAUAUGUAGAAUAUUGAAUUUAGCACAAGCAAAAUAUAUAAAGUUGAAUGCCUGUGGAAAUUAUUUACAUUACUACUAACUAAGAAUUGCUAAAACUUAAUUUUUAGGCAAACUUCCCCUUUACUAUUGUUACAUACACUUGUUGCACAUACACACAUCUGCUCAUCCACUGAAGAACACACUUCAUGCUUCUGUAUUUGCCAAUUACAUACUGUUAACUCCAUGCAUAUGACUAAAGUUCAUAUAUACUUGUACUUCAUAAACAACUGUCAAUUGCUGUUGUAUUCAUAUUAGUUUAUAUAAUAUAUAUUGUGUGUCAACCAUGUAUGCAACAGAAAACGCAGGAAAAAAUAUUACAGUAGUGUGUGUAAGCUGUUAGAAAUGUAAUUGUUGUGAAAAAAAAAAUUACAGGCAUGCGUUUCGGCAUAUACCACCCCAAAAUAUCUACAAGGUAUUAAUACAUUUGUUACAUAGACAUACCUCUCUCACACAGAACAUAUCACUCUUAUUUUUAAAUAAGAAAAUAAAUAUGUAACACAAUAUGUAACACAUAGCCAAACUUGUCAUGUUGUCAAGUUACAAGCCCAUAUGUUACAUGUACUAUGUAUUGUUACAGCUGUGUGUUACGCAUAAAUCGAGAUGGGCUUAUUAGAAUGCUUAGGGAUAUUGUUCCAUUUAUUAUACAGUAUAAUGGUUGGGUUUCCCCAUCCACGAAAAAGGCAGGAGGGGUCACCCACAUGACAGAAAGCAGCUUGUGUCGCAGUGGGCACUAAAUGGAAGAAUAUCCUUUGAAGUCCCUGUAUGUAUGUAUGUAUGUGUGUAUGUGUGUGUAUGUAUAUAUAUAUAUAUAUAUAUAUAUAUAUAUAUACACACACACACACAAACAUGAGGGGAGCUUCAUGUAGUAUGAACAAAAAAAGUGCACAAUACUUUCUUAUAAAGGAUUUCUGUUACGACUAUGACAAGCUAACACAUAUUUGCGCCUACCAGGCUGACAAAUCAGGUGUAUUACAAACAUAUUUGUAAUCUUUAAACUUGUUCCCUUCCUGUAAUCUUGCACACUCCAGUACUGUACCAAAACACUGCCAGCUCUGUCCAUCAGUUUCUAUUUUCAUUUGCCUUUGUACCACUUUCUCCAACUUUACAGUCCUUUCUUCUCCUCCCUUGUAUCUUAACAUGUACAACUUACAAAGCACAAUUUUCUCUAAAAAUGAGUAUGUCUGUCCCUUCUAUCACACCCCCAGUGCCAAAUUAGCCAGCCUUUUACCCUACAAGUGCUCUGACAUUUUCCAGUUUCCUCCCGCCCAAGGCUUUACUAGAGUUAAACCCACACAUGCCUCUGAUGUUGUUGCACAAUUUUGUAUAUAAUUUGCUGCCCGUCUUUUUUUUCAGUUUUAUAUUGUUUUUAAUUUCUAAUAUUAUUUUCAUUAAAGGUCCUGUGGUUUUUACAGUA